UCGAACUUCGUGGAGAGCCAACAUGUUGAAGGGUCGAUCCUUUCUCCUGCUCCUCCUCCUCGUCACCUUCUGUCAAGGAAGCGACGUAGCGGGCCUCAAAACCCCCCGCUUCCGAAACCGUGCCGAGGAGAGUGGAAGCAUUUUCCGUAAGUUGCCUUGUCCGAAUCCUGAAGAUAUCUUUCCCUGCACAUGCACUGCGGACGAAGAUAAUCGAAUGGAUAUGGACUGCUCUUACAUCGAAGGCGAGGAGCAGCUGGAGAGAGUGUUCUCGUCGACCUUCCCCUUCAGUACGUUCCGAAACUUCACCGUCGUCGAUAACGUGUUUCUCAAGACCUUGGGGAACCAGUCUCUCGGCAUCGCCUCCUUCACGGGCGUCUACAUCAUGAACAGCGUCCUGGAGGUGGUGGAAUCCCGCGCCCUUUCGAACAGCUUUAGCACAGCUCAGGUGAUCAACAUGCAGAAGAAUGUUAUCUCUUCCUUUCCCUUCGAAACCCUACCCUCCUUCACAAGCCUCUUGGAGCUAGAUGUUAGUUAUAACAAGCUGCCUUUCCCUGCUUUAGUAUCCGAGACACUGCUUGUGCUCGACUUCUCCCACAACCUGGUCGCCAACGUCUCCUCGGAGGCCUUCGCUGCUCUGCCUGACAUCUCGGAAAUCAAACUUGGUGGGAAUCAGAUCUCCGCUGUUCCGACUGGAACAUUUGCUGGUCACCGGAACCUGUACCACGUGAACCUAGAAUCGAACUCGCUGACCUACCUUCCCGAGGGCGCCAUACAGCUGACCUCCAGCAGCUCGGGGACGGUCCUUCUGCGGAGCAACCAGAUCGCAGAUGUUGCUGUUAACAGCAUAACAGAUGUGUCCGGCGGCAAAGUGGACAUUAGCAACAACACUUUGACGGCCUUGAAGGAGGACGUUUUCCGACCCAUUCUGGCCGAAGACACCGCUCUUGACGCCAAAGACAACCCGCUCACGUGCGGCUGCGACAUCGCGUGGCUGAUCCGCGACGCCCCCCUGCUGGAGCUGGUGGGGGAGGGCGCCGCCUGCUUCGACGGGGAGCUGCUCGCCGACCUCGACCCCGGAAUGUUCGAUGACCUAGGAUGCCCUUAAGUGUGGGGAUUCGCGGGUAACUUUCUUCACAGGAGCGCCGUUCCUCAUCUCACCUGCCUUUAUAGCUUUUAAUAUCGCUAUGUAUUCAAUAUCUAUCGACCUAUCUAUCGGUUGGCUUCAUGUGAGACAACGAAAAUAACUGUUACCACUAAUUGCAAAGGUAAUAAUAUGUUAAUUAACAAAUAAAAUAUGAAACCCGGUAAACAAUUUUAAUAAAAGAAAAUGGCAUAUA